AUGGCGGCACGAGGGUAUGUGUACCACAGCUCUAAGUGGAUGGUGGCAGGAAACGCCGACUCCCCGGUCCCUCCGAGGGCGUACAUCCACCCCGACUCCCUGGCCUCCGGAGACACCUGGACGAGACAGGUGGUCAGCUUCGACAAACUCAAACUCACCAACAACGAGCUGGACGACCAGGGACACAUCAUCCUGCACUCCAUGCACAAGUAUCAGCCUCGUGUUCAUGUGAUCAGGAAGGACUUCAGCAGCGAGCUGUCUCAGAACAAGCCGGUGCCGAGCGGGGAGGGAGUGAAGACCUUCAGCUUCCCCGAGACCGUGUUCACCACCGUCACUGCCUACCAGAACCAACAGAUCACCAGACUAAAGAUCGACCGCAACCCGUUUGCCAAAGGAUUCAGAGACUCAGGCCGAAACAGGACCGGCCUGGAGGCGAUCAUGGAGACCUACGCUUUCUGGAGACCUCCUGUGAGGACGCUCACGUUUGAAGACUUCACCAACAUGCAGAAACAGCAAGGUGGAAGUACAGGCACCUCUCCCACCACCUCCAGCACAGGAACCCCCUCCCCCUCUGGUGCGGCUCACCUCCUGUCUCCCUCCUGUUCCCCUCCCACCUUCCACCUGGCCCCCAACACCUUCAAUGUGGGCUGCAGGGAGAGUCAGCUCUGCAACCUGGGCCUGUCCGAGUACCCGGCCUGCGCUCGCAGCAACAUGGCCGCCCUGCAGGGCUACGGCGGCCUAGCCGACAGCUCCUACGGACGCCUCCAGGCUGCAGGGGGCGCUGUGGCCUCGGGGCAGCCUUCUGAAUCCUUCCUGCCGCAGAGGACUUCCUCCCUGAUCGCUGCUGGCAUGCAGGGCGGCCCUCACGCCUCCCUGAGCGGCGGUGGUGGUGGCGGCUCUGGAGGAAAGAUGGAUGCCUAUGGCGGUCAGUUGGGCUCCUUCCCGGCCUCGCAGCUCCAGUACGUGAUGCAGGCCGGAGGAGGCUCAGGCUCCGUCCCUUCCUCCUCAUCAGGAUCCUCCCCUUCCCCCCACAUGUUCAGCGGGAGCCACCACCACGUGCAGCAGGGCUCCUACAACGCUUUCUCCCUGCACAACCCUUACAACCUGUACGGAUACAACUUCCCCACCUCCCCUCGUCUGGCUGCCAGCCCCGAGAAGCCUCAGGGAGGUUUGCUCUGCUCCUCGUCUUCAGCCGGGGCCUUCGCCGAGCGCCAGUACCUGUCCAACGGGAGCAUGGACACUAUGCACAUGAUCGGCAACAACAGCGGCGGCCAGCAGGGCGGCAGCUCCUGCGAUGGACGUCAGUAUGGCUCCUCCUCUCAGAUGUCCAUGCACAUGGUGUAGAAACUUGGAUUGAACCUCACAGUCCUCCAUGUUUCUAAAGUCUUUCAGCUGGAAAGCUAUAAACCCGGUGUGGUGUUGAUGUUGGACCGGUGUUUUUACAUGAAGCGCUUAUGUACUGAGGUACGAAACAAGCCUUUCAGAAAAGGACAUCAUUUGUUUUUAAAGACACUCCACAACAUACAAAGCAUUAUAGAGGGAGUCAAAACUAUUAUUUAAUUAUCUUUGUAUUAUGAAGUGAAGAUAGAGACAGCAACCUGACUCUCUUACUCUUACCGACAAGAGAGAAACAACCAAACUCAGAUUGUGAUAAAGAAGGGGCCCACAUGCUCCAGUUCAGAAGGGAUUAUCAGUUGUGAAGCUGUUACAGUGCAAUAGUAGCAACACUCUUUUCAAGGGACACUCUUGGGACUCGAAGGCCUUGCAGUCAAGACAUUUUGCAACCAAAGAAUCUUCACUGUGAUCCAGGAGUUUUCUCUUCACGCAGCACUUGUGCCAAAUCGUCUGGAGGUCAGUGGUUUGCCACCAUGGUCUGAAGUUUGGCUGAAAUGAAAGGGACAACUGGACAAGAUCUCUGCAGGACUCACUGCUCCACACAGGAUGAAGUAUGUGUGGAAACACGUGGACUUCAUCAACCCCUUACCCUCAUAGACUGGAAUGGCUUCACUAUUUUUGAGUGGAUUAUGUUUUUUAGCAUAUAUAUAAGAUGGCGAAUGCAAUCAAUAACAUAAGCUUAAAAGUUGUUGUGUGAAAAAGUUAUUAAAGAAGCAAUAGCAGACGGAGAAAUUGAAGUAUGUUUUGGUGUGUUGUAGAGAUAUGUAUUUAAGUGCUGAGCAAUAUAACAAUUUUACUGGCCAAUCUGUUUUAAAAUGUGUGAAAAAAAGGGAAAUGGCAAAGUAAUUCUUUUUUUUGAGGCAUUUAAAAAAAAAAUGUAAAUACAGGUGCCAAGCACGUAAAAAGCUCAAUAAACGUUUCAAUUCAU